AUGUCAGCACCAAAUAACCAGGCCCCCACCAAGUAUGCCGUGGCGCUAUUCUCCGUCUUCCAAGCCCUUGAUGUCUUCGGACCUCUCGACAUCCUUAACUUGCUUUCGAAGUCCUUUCCCCUGGAGCUGGUCAUCCUCGCAGAUACUCUAGAGCCGGUCGUAGCUCAGGGCCCAGCCGUGCAGUGGGUGCGACAAGCACGAUGGGUAACGGACGGCAACAUCUGGACUUCUUCGGGCAUCUCAGCUGGCUUGGACAUGAUGUAUGCGUUCAUUGCAGACCAACAUGGUGAGAGAGUCGCCGCGGAUCUUGCCAACGCCUCCGAGUAUGUCCGCAAUACCGAUCCCAGCGUCGAUCCGUUUGCCUAG